UCCAGAGAAUCAUUCACAGAGAGUGUACUCCUGUUCACUCGGACUGGAGGAUCUAAACAAGGAGCAGAGUGUGUCUGAUUAUGUUAUCAUUGAAAUGAAGAAUGAGGUGGAGGCGACUAUCACUUUAAUGGCCCGCUUCUAUAACCACAGACUGCUGACUGAAUAGUUCAAGAUGGUUGUCUUAGCUCUGGCCAUGUUCGUAGCAUUGUCAUCUUGUGCAGUUGGUUGCUCGGGGAACACAAAUUCUUCUGAACUAAAACUUUGGCGAGUAGAAGAUCAACCUUUGUCUGUGCAACUAGCUGCUAUUUUCAAGGAGAUGGAGAGCCUGAAGUGUGAACAAACAACACUUCAGCAGCAGCAGAAUGCUCUGACUCAGAUGCAUACAUCAAGUCAUCAGAAAAGAGCUCAGAAGAAAGUAGCAGGAACACACAUCCUCACUUACAGUCCAAAUUACAUUGAGGAUGAUAACUUUCAGUCCUCUGUGGAAGAUGCAAGAAGACGAGGUGACCCCUGUUUCCACUAUACGGUCCUAGAUCAGACCUGGCGCGCCACCAACACCACCACCAAGCUGAAGAUGUGUGAUCGGCAAGUAGACUGGAAAGGGUGGUACCGUCUUUUCUACAAGGGUAAAAGUCUGCAGAUGCCUGAGCGGUGCGUCCCUGUGAACAAAUGUGGCACCAACUCCCCGCUGUGGCUGUCCGGGCCUCAUCCAAGGAUCAGGGAUGGUAUUGUGACCCGCAAUGUCUGUGGCCAUUGGAACAAAAGAUGCUGUGCUUUCCGUUCCACCCCCAUCAAAGUCAAGAAGUGCCCGGGCAACUAUUACGUCUAUCAGUUCACUAAGCCAACAUCCUGUUAUUUGGCUUACUGUGCAGACGUCAACACGCUUGUGUGCGGGCGAUGCAGGAGAAACCAGUCCUGUGUGAGCAGAGAUAAGAUUAACUGGAGAUGCAAGACAAACAGAAUGUCUUCCCAAAAGAUCCACUUCUUUGCAUCUUACCCAGCCCAAAUCAAUGGCAAACUGAACAGGAUCAAGUACAGCAAGGUGCUGGUGAAUGUGGGCCGAGCCUUCGACAGGAGGACUGGUGUGUUCAGGGCUCCCGUCAAAGGAAUCUACCAGUUCUUCUUCUCUACUCAGACAACCAUUAAGGGCCUUAAAACUGAUCUGUGGCUAGUAAUAAAUAGUUACUGGGUGGCUGUUUCUCGUGCACAUGUUCCCCGUUCCUACAGUGUUGGAAGCACAUCUACGUACAUGACGUUCCUCCGCAAAGGGGCUUCAGUCUAUGUCACCCACAACUGUGGUAACUCCUGGGCCACCGCUGCAUCCAUGACUAUUACAUUUGGAGGCUCACUGCUUUUACAAAGUAAAUAAUAUACACCUCUGAUGUUUAAAAUGGUGCUCAUUGAUGUAGUGUGUCACUUUUAUUUGUUUUUGUAUUUUAGCAAAGAGGAAAUAAGGAAAAAGUUUGUUCUUUCUGUCAACAGAUUCACUGUUGUUGUAAUUUAUUUCAUUAUUUUUGCUAAUGCUAACUCGUGCUAAAUCAACCAGUUCCACUGUAUUAACUACUCUGGAGUGCCAGCUAAAUGUCUGC